AUGCACCGUGCUAAUAUUAUAUUACGCACUGCGGUCACGGCCGCCAAUGCCAAUGCCGUAUUGACAGGGGAAGGUCGGCCCUUCUCUAUGGUGACACGGGAGGUUAAGGCCAUGCAGAAUCACAUUUCCAGCCUUGUCGCUAACAAGGAAAAUGAAGUGCUGGAUUACGCCGGUAAGUACGUGCUGUCGUCUGGGGGAAAGCUGCUGCGGCCCACAUUAGUAGCAAUGAUGGCCCAUGCACUCGUGCCGCCGCACAUGAGUCAGCAGUUUCAGGCCAGUGAUAUUGGAUCACUAGACGAUAUUCCUUCCGGCACGAUCCGCCCCUUUUUGCGGCUUGGGGAGGUUACAGAACUUAUACACACCGCUGCGUUGGUACACGAUGAUGUGAUUGACGAUAGUGAGAUGCGCCGCGGGAAGCCUGCACUGCAUUGCGUGCACGAUGUCAAGCGUGCCGUGCUCGCGGGUGACUUCCUGCUAGCGCGGGCCUCACUGUGGAUUGCUUCCCUAUGUGUCCCUCGCAUAGUGGUGUUGAUGACCACAGCUUUAGAGGACUUAACGCGUGGGGAGAUGAUGCAAAUGGAGGGCUGCUUUGAUCUUGAAAGGUACGAAGAGAAGACGUACUGUAAGACGGGUUCGCUUAUUGCUAAUUCCCUAGCAGCCACGGCGGUGCUUGCGGAUCCCUCGAACUCUGCCCAUGAAGUCGCUGCUGGGGAGUAUGGCAGGCGGUUAGGCAUUGCAUUUCAAAUCGUGGACGACUGCCUCGACAUCACAGGAGAUGAAAAAAACCUUGGAAAACGGACAAUGGUGGAUAUGAAGGCAGGAAUCGCCACCUUACCCACUCUUCUCGCCGCGAGGCAGGACAGUAAAGUGGAUGCCGCAGUGCGCCGCCGCUUUAAGGAGCCCGGCGACGCGGAGAUUUGUGUGGAGGCUAUCGAGCGUCACGGUUGUGUUAUGGAGGCGUUACAGCACGCAGAUCAGCACUGCCGACGUGGCAUUGCGGCGCUACGCACUCUGCAUGAGUCGCCUGCUCGUGAGCGGCUAGAAGCGGCGAUGAAUCUCCUCCUGACACGGGAAUUGUGA